CAUUUUAUUCGCCGGCGCAAACUCAACCCCACUAUUUUACAAAACCUUGCAAACUUGCUUGACCGUUGUGAUCAUUUUCAGUCGACGCUCGUAUUUACACCGUGAUUGUUCCUCAUAAAAUUAAAAUCGAAAUCAAUCUUAAACAAUCGAAAUCCCAGUAUCAAAUUAAAAAAAAAAUAAAAAAUAUCUAAAAAAUUUUAAACAAACAAACAACCCUUAAAUCAAAAGAAAAAAAAAAACCUCAAUAACAUAUUUUUGUUUAUUUAAAAAAGUAAAAAUAAUAAUCGUUAAUUUAAAAAAAAAACCUGUUAGUUAUUUAAUCAAAUAAAUGAAAAGCAAAAAAAAAAAAAAAAACCAUUCAGUGAAAAUGCCACAAAUGUAUUGUAAAAAAAGUGAAUUGUAAUUUAAAAAAAAAAAUGGAAUCAACAACCGAAUAUUGGAAUACAACAAAAAAUAAUAAUUUUUCAUCAAGCAGUAUAAUUGAAGAAAUAAAUGUUGAACGUUUAAUUGGACCACGAAGAGAUUCUUUGUACAUUGUAUUACCAAUAACAAUAAUAUAUUUAUCAAUAUUUUUAACUGGUAUUAUUGGCAAUGUCAGCACGUGUAUUGUUAUAUCACGCAACAAGUCAAUGCAUACAGCAACAAAUUAUUAUUUAUUUAGUCUUGCAAUAUCUGAUUUAUUAUUAUUAAUUGCUGGUUUACCAGUUGAAAUAUAUUCAGUAUGGUCAAAAUAUCCAUAUAUAUUUGGUGAAUAUUUUUGUAUAUUACGUGGUUUAUUUGCUGAAUGUUCAACAUAUGCAAGUGUAUUAACAAUAACAGCAUUUACUGUUGAACGUUAUUUUGCAAUAUGUCAUCCAUUUUUAUCUCAUACAAUGUCAAAAUUAUCACGUGCUAUUAAAUUAAUAUUAAUAAUAUGGUUUAUUGCAUUAACAUUUUCAAUACCACAAGCAUUACAAUUUGGUAUUGUACAACAUAAAAAAAUACAUCCUGAUUUUAUAAUUUGUACAUUAAAAACAAUAUUUAUCAAACAUUCAUUUGAAUUAUCAACAUUAUUAUUUUUUAUAAUACCAAUGACUGUUAUAACAGUAUUGUAUAUUAUGAUUGGUUUAAAAUUAAGAAAAUCAAAUUUAAUGAAAAAUAAUAAUAAUGUACGUAGUCAAAGAGGUGGUAGUAAUAAUAAAUUUCAUAAAGAAAAUAAACACAGAGGUAGAUCAUCAAGAAGAGUUUUAAAAAUGCUUGUAUGCAUCUGCAUUGCGUUCUUUAUAUGCUGGUGCCCUUUUCACAUCCAAAGACUGAUUGCGAUCCAUGGAACAAGAAAUGAUCAUGUUACAUCUAAAAACAGCUGGAUUGAAUAUCUCUACAUCGUAUUCACGUACAUUUCUGGAAUUUUUUACUAUGUUUCAACGACAAUUAAUCCAAUUCUUUACAACAUAAUGUCAAAUAAAUUUAGAGAAGCAUUUAUGGAAACAUUGGCAAGUUGUGGUAAUAAUAAAUCUUCUGAGGCACCACAUGAACAACGUUCAUACUCAAGUUUAUCAAGAUCACAUCAAAAAACAAUUGGUAUGUUUGGUUCACGUACAAUUGGUGGUAAUGGUGUUGCACAAGAUAAUUCUGAUUGUUCUGGUAAUUCAAAUAAUGAUGAUGGUUCACGUCAAAGUACCUCAGCAGCAUGUCAAUCAAAAAUCGAAACAGUUAAAAAUAAUAAAUCGAAAAAUAUAAAAUACAAUAAAAUUAAAAAAUCUAAAAAUAAUAUUAUUGAAAAUAUUGAUACUAACUUUGAUGAUAAAAAUGAUAAUAAAUCAUCAAUUAUUAGUGUUAAAAAAUCACAAAUAAUUAAUGAUAAUAAUGAUAAUAAAAAUAAUGUUGUUAAAUUUUUAACAAAUGGUAAAAAUAAUUCAAAUAAUUGUAAUAAAAAAUGGUGGAGAUAUAUUAAAUUAUUACCAACUAAAAAAUCAUUUAAAUUAACAACAAGAUCAACAAAUGAUAAUAAUAAUGUUGAUAUACAAAGCAAUCGUGAAGAAUACUCAAUGACAUCUUGUUAUGUUGAUGGUGAUCAUCGUUUAGUUUAAAUUAAUUACGAGUGAAAUUAUAAAAUUAUUUUCUUCAAAAUAACUUGAAAUUAUAAUAAAAUUAUAAAAUCGUUUAAAACGAGAAAAAAAUAAUCAGUAAUUUCUUGAAAUUACUCGGAAUUUCGAAAAUCAGAAAACAUCAAUGUUUCUUGAAUGCCUGCAAAUUUUCAUGUUGAAUUUAAAUUUUUUGUCUAAUUACAUAAAAAUCACAAGGUUCUAAAAUAUUUAUAAAACUUUUCAAAUAAAUAAAACCAUUUGUUUUUAUUUAAUAAACAAUAUUGACUCAAAAAUAAACUAUAUAAAAUCAAAAUUAAUAUAAAGCUCAAAAGCUAAUUUAUCGCUAUUUUAAAAUAUAAUUAUUUAAACACAAUAAAUACUUUUUUUUAUUAAAUAUAAUUUUUUUAUUAUUGAACAUUAAGUUGUAAGUUUAAAAAAAAAAUUUAUAUGUGUAUGUGAAAAUGUAAAAAUGAUUGAUAAAUUUAAUGACGAAUGAUAAGUCGAUGAUUGAAAAUUAUGGAUAUUUAUGAGCUUAAUACAACUGGGGUCAUAAUGCCCCUGAACUGAUAAUUAAAAAAGAAAAAAAUAAAUUUACAUUCAAUUUCCGCAUCGAAUAAAUGACGAAUGUUAUUUACCAAAGGAUAGGCAUUGUCAUAAAUAUAUACCGAUAAAUAAUAAAUUUUAUUAAUAAUUAAAAUUAUAAGUAAAUAUAUUAUUGAUAUAUUUAAGUAAUUAAAUUUCUUUUUUCUUUUUAUAUUUAAAUGUUUUUGUUCUAUACAUUAAGACUGGUAGCUGUUGUUUUUAAUAAAUGUUUAAAAUAUUUAAAUAAUUAUUAAGUUAAAUUUUUUAAAUACUAAUAAUACUGUGAUACUAUGUUUAUUAAAGAUGUGUAUCUAUGAAAUUUAUUGUACAUAUAUAUAUGUAAUAAAAUAUUUAACAAUAAACAAUAUAUUGUUUAGUAAUUUAAGAAAAAAAAAA